GAACAGUUGACCUGUUUUUCUGUCCAUUGUGUUGUACUACAAGUGUUUAGUGUUACCAGUAUAGAAAUUAAUUUACCAUAAUGAUUGCUAGAAGUUUAACUUUCUUAUUGGCGCUGGGAGCCACCAUGGCAACUUACCGCUCCUUCGAGGGUGUAGACCCCAACACCCUGUCCUGCGACCCCGAGGGUCAGAUCUUCCUCCUGCUGCCUCACCGCGAAGAGUGCGACAAGUUCUACAUGUGUGAUCACGGCAAGGAGGUUGAGUUCUCGUGCCCCGGCGGCACCAUCUUUGAUUUCGAAUUACAGGGUUGUGACUGGUCCUGGGCGACUGAGUGCGUCCUUCGUAACCCGAUUACGGAAGAUUCUUCCAGUGAAGACUCCGUCGAGGGCUCCGGGGACAGCAGUGAGGACCUUUGGUCUCCGAAGGACGAUGCUCAUGUCGGUAUCCUGGACCUGCUGAGCAGCGCUGCCGUGAAGCCAACGGAGGCCCAGAGCUUCCGCACCAUCUUGAACUGCGAGAGUCCGGCGUCCGCUGCCAAGCGGCUGCCGUACAGAGGUGACUGCCAGCGUUACUGGCUCUGCUCAAACGGCGCCCCUCAAGCCGCCUUCUGUUCCGACGGUCUCUUCUUCAACGAGCGCACGCAGCAGUGCGACUUCGAGGCCAACAGCAGAUGCGCCGACAGCCCGCAUAACGAGCUGGGCGGAGAGUUUAUCGAGUACAAGUGA